AUCUCUCUCUCUCCCUGAUCAUCAAUCACUCCUUUAAAUCACCAUCAAAGAAAUUCCAAUUUUCUCGGAUUUUCUUUCUAAAUUUUAAUUCUUACAAUCCCUAAAACCCUAGCCCUCUUUCACGCAACUCAGCUCAUAGCUCAAGCUCCUCUGUUCCUGCCUGAGAUUGUUUCAGACAGUGAUUUUGAUGACUCUGCUGAAACACAGCUGCUGCAGACAAGCUUAAACGAAGCCGUAUCUACUGACUUUGAUGGUGAAAUAUCAAAAACCCUAAUUUAAUUCAUUUUAUUUAUUUUUCCUUGAUUUUUCCUCUGAGGGUUUUAAUCAUCAAUGCUUACACAGUACAGUGGGUAAAACUUCAAAUUCCCAAACUUUUUACUCCUUUAAAUCCCAAGAAAACCCACACACACAAAAAUAAAUAAACCCUUUAGAAUUUUAAAUUUUGAGGGGAACCAAAAAAAAAAAAGCCCUAAAUGCUUAUAGAGAAGAAGCUUAGGAAUGAGAUUAUUAGAGAUGAUGAAAUGAUCGGAGAUCUGAUGAAGAACAACAACAAUGGAGACGUCGUGGAUAACAACAACAACAACAACCGGUUAAGCCGGUGGCAUCACAACUCCUCAAGGAUCAUUAGGGUUUCGAGAGCUUCCGGCGGCAAAGAUCGACACAGCAAAGUCUGGACUUCCAAAGGCCCACGUGACCGGCGUGUCCGGUUAUCAGUCUCCACCGCUCUUCAGUUCUACGAUCUUCAAGACCGGUUAGGUCUCGAUCAGCCCAGCAAAGCCGUCGAAUGGCUAAUCAAAGCUGCUGAAGAUUCCAUCUCCGAGCUCCCUUCGCUCAACAACACGAAUUUUCCGAUGAACAAUGACGACGACAAUCAGAUUCCGACAGGAACUGUUGCUGCUAAUUCGUUGUCUAAAUCGGCUUGUAGUAGCAAUUCGGACACGAGCAAGAACUCUUCUGGUCUGUCUCUCUCGAGAUCGGAGCUGAGGGAUAAAGCUAGAGAACGAGCUAGAGAGAGAACAGCGAAAGAGACCAAGGAGAGAGACCACCACAGUACUACUACUACUACUUCGUUUACCGAUCUGUUAAAUUCCGGUUCGGAUCCGGUUAACGCAAACCGGCAAUGGAUGGCUCCUUCUUCUUCGUCGCCUCCUCCUCCUAUGGAGUAUUUCAGCUCGGGUUUGAUUCUCGGGUCGGGUCAAACCCAUUUCCCGAUCCAAACAAACUCUCCUCACCCUUUCUCUUCGUCGUCACCUCAUCAAGAGUUUUCCUUCGUUCCCGACCAACUGAUGUCUCCGGCAGGAGCCAGCGGCUUCAAUCUCGACUUCAACAUGUCGACGACAACCUCCACCGCCGGAGCGUUCAGUGGUUUCAACAGGGGGACCCUUCAGUCCAAUUCAACAAAUCAUCAGCAUCAUCAGUCUUUUCUAGCUAAUCUCCAGAGGUUUCCAUCAUCAGAAGGUGGUGGUGGUGGAGGUCCACAGUUCUUGUUCGGUACCGGUGCACUGCCUGCAGAGAAUCACCACCUGCAUCAUCACAACAACCAUCACCAGUUUCAGCUUUACUAUGAGAAUGGACGCAGAAACUCAGACCACAAGGGCAACGGCAAGAACUGAUGAUGCUAUUACCCAUUUGCAUCUUUUUCUUUAUUUGUUUUUUUUUUGCUUUAUUCAUCACCCAACUGUCAAUCUUCUUCUUGGUUUAUCUUCUGAUAAUCUUCCUUAUUGUGUGUUAAAUCUGUUUAGGGGUUUCCCUUUUUUGUUUAAUGGUCCAAUUUGGAAAUCUUUUUGAAUUGGGUUUUGUAAUGUUGUAUUUGUGAUAAUAUCAUUUUGUUUCUGGAAUAUUACUGUAUUAUUUUUUUGUAUGAAUUUUUUUAUUUCUUUAGUUAA